UUAGAGUUGUUGGGAGUUGAGUGAAAUAAUUAGUGAUUUUAAUUAAAGGCAAUGGUCACAUGUGCAACUUGGACAACCUCCGAUUGAUGUAACUCGGUCGGGUUCACCCAAUCCAUAAUCCUUACUUAUACCAAAUCUUUUCUUUCAAAUUUCUCAUCAAAAAUAAAAUCAAUCAUUUCAAAAAUAAAUAAUAAAAAAAAAACGUUAAAUCAAACAUGGAUUUGUUCCUCAUAUUCUCGUACUUUGUCGCUCUUAUUCCUCUAAUCUACACAGUAUGGAAUAUUCUCGAUCAAAGACGGCAUCAAAACUGCUACAUACUCGACUACGAAUGCUACAAAGCCGCCGACGAAAGAAAACUCAGUACAAAAUUCAGCGGCGAGAUUAUCCGUCGGAACAAGCACCUCGGCAUCGCCGACUACAAGUUCUUGUUGAAAGCCAUCGUGAGCUCCGGCAUCGGAGAAGAGACCUACGCGCCUAAAAUGGUCUUCGACGGCCGAGAAGCCACUCCGUCGCUCUCCGACGGGGUACUCGAGAUGGACGAGUUCUUCUCCGACAGCGUCGGAAAACUCCUCGCCCGAACCGGUAUCCACCCCUCGGAGAUCGACGUGCUCGUCGUGAACGUCUCGAUGCUCGCCACGUGUCCGUCUCUUUCGGCUAGGAUUAUUAACAAGUACAAAAUGAAGGAGGAUAUAAAAGUGUACAACCUCUCCGGAAUGGGGUGCAGCGCCAGCUUGAUCUCCGUCAACAUAGUGCAGAACAUAUUUAAGAGUCUACGGAAUCGAAACGCCGUCGUCGUGACGUCGGAAUCGCUGAGUUUGGGGUGGUACAACGGGAACGAUAGAUCCAUGAUACUAGCGAAUUGCUUAUUCCGAACCGGCGGCUGCGUUAUGGUGCUGACGAAUAAGCCGGCGCUGAAGAACCGAGCCAUGCUCGAGCUGAAGCAGCUCGUCCGUACGCACCACGGCUCCAGAGACGAGUCGUACGGCUGCUGCAUACAGAAGGAGGACGAAAACGGACUCGCCGGAUUCCACCUCGGGAAGAAUCUCCCUAAAUCCGCAACCCGCGCCUUCGCCGAUAACUUAAAACAGAUCGCCCCCAAAAUCCUCCCGGCGACCGAGCUCCUCCGCUUCGCCGCCGCCCUGCUUUUCCGCAAACUGCGCGGCGGCGCCGGUGCGAGGCCGGUGAUAAACUUCAAAAAGGGGGUGGAGCAUUUCUGCCUGCACACGGGAGGGAAGGCGGUGAUAGACGGGAUAGCGGAGAAUCUGGGGCUGAGCGAGGAUGACGUGGAGCCGGCGAGGAUGACGUUGCACAGGUUCGGGAACACGUCGGCGAGCAGCCUGUGGUACGUGCUGGCUUACAUGGCGGCGAAGGGGAGGCUGAAGAAGGGGGAUAGGGUUUUCAUGAUUAGCUUCGGGGCUGGUUUCAAGUGCAACAGCUGUUUGUGGAAAGUCCUGAGAGACUUGGAUGGGAGGAAUAAUGUGUGGGAAGAUUCCAUUCACACUUACCCGCGCACCAAUUUGAAUAACCCGUUUUUGGAGAAAUACGGGUGGAUCCAUAAUGAGGAUUCGGGUCAGUUUCACUUACCCGAUGAUUACGAAAUACCCGAUUAAUUCAAUAAUUCUUUAUUAUUAUUAUUAUUAUUAUUAUUAUUAUAAUAUUCUAUUAAGUGCAAAUGACACUUAUACCCUUGUGGUUUGAACUUUAUUGCACAUGACCACCUUUACUUAGAAAUUUCAUAUUUCUGACGAGUGUGAUUAUUUACCUAGUGGAAUACUAUUGGGGAAUAAUGUGAUUAUAUUGAAAGUAUAAGGCGGUUAUGUGAACAAAGUUCAAACUUCAGGAAAGUUGAGUGUUAUUUACCCUUUUAUUCAAUACUAAUUCUUUUAAUAUGAAAAAGUGUAUUUUAUUGUGUGUGUGUGUGUGUGUGUGUGGGGUUGUUAUAGUGUUACUGGUUGACCCUGUAUUGUUGGUUUGUAUGAAAUGUAUAUCUACCAUUGUUUACACAUGUUGCCUGUUUGAUCCUCUAAUAUAUUUUAGGUGUCAUUUAUGUAUGCUACGUCAAUUAUUUUAUACACUUUGCCCCCAUUUUGGGGUUCUU